ACUCGUAACUUGGGUCCAAAAUUUUGCUUCUGUCACAGUGAACGUGCGAUUUUUACAAGAUGUUUUGCAAGCUAUUUGUUUUUGGAAUACUUCUGAUCUUCCAACAAAAUUUCAAACAUUCAUUUUCCAGUCCACUGAAAAGUUUCGAUCCUUUUGACUUUUUGGGAAUCGAGGAAAGCAAACGGUCAGAACGAGAAGGUCAAUGCCCUGUGUUCCCAGUACCAAAUGAGUGUCCACCACGAGGAGAGGACGAUGCCUGUAAAAUCGAUGAAGAUUGCUCUCUCCCAAAGAAAUGCUGCUCUGAUGGAUGCGGCAAGAUAUGCAUAGACCCCGAGAAUGAUUCAGCAUGUAAAGACCUUCGUCAAGAUUGUGACAGCAUCCCACUAAAAGGUGACAAACUGACCGAAUAUUGUGAAAAAUGGAAGAAAAAUCCUGCUAUUCGUCAAUGCAAGAAGACAUGCGGAUGGUGUAAACCUCCAUCACCAACAGUAUGUGAAGACAAGAGGGAUGACUGCAAAUGGAUUCUCAAUAACGCUGGUCAUUACUUGCCUGAAUACUGCCAACAACACAAAGACGACCCUGCGGUCAAGGAAUGUCCCAAGACCUGUGGAUUUUGUAAGCUGAAUGUUUUGAAAAAGGGAAUAAAAAGUAACCAAAAUCUGAGAGAAAUAAUCGAUGUUGUGUCGAUAGGUAAAAAGAUUCCAUCCCCAACAAAAAAGUUUCCAACCCAGCCUCCAGUACCACAGACACUUCCAAAAAUAACCGAGCAGCCUGGUGUCAAGCCUGGGCCUAAGCCUACCAACAAGCCUCAAGGUAACAAAAACCUUCAUGUUCAGAUAUUUGGAUUGCUGCUAAUUGCCUCGCAACCUCGAACUGAUGUAAUUCUGUGGUAUAUUCGGCGUGUACAAAUAACAGGAUUUCAAAAAGAAUGUCUUGAAGCUCAUAACAAAUAUCGAGCCCUUCACGGUUCGCCUCCUCUCGCAUGGUCAGCAGAACUCACCAAAGAUGCGCAAGAAUGGGCGAAUUAUUUAGCACGUCGCAAUAAGUUCUAUCAUUAUCCAGGACUGAGGAAACUUGACCAGGGCGAGAAUUUGGCCUGGUUUUCUCCGGCGCGUAAGGAAUGUGAUGGUCCGUCUGACGAGAAAUGUGUGCAUUGCGGCGAAAUGGUCAAGGACUGGUAUAAUGAGGUAGUGGACUACGACUUCAAGCAAGGAAAGGGCAAGUCCCCUUAUGAUGUUGUAACACACUUCACCCAAGUGGUUUGGAAAGGAACUAGAGAGUUAGGAAUGGCAACAGCAAUUGCAAACAACAGGCUGGUGGCCGUUGCAAGGUAUAGGAAAUCAGGGAACAUAGGAUCACCUGAAGACUUCAAGAAUAACGUGUUGAUGCCAAAUGAGUAAGUUAACGCUAGCUUAAUCGACCUCUUCACCUUCGUUGUUUGUUGUCCCAUUUCAGACCAUGUGAUGCCACUUU